GGCAGGGCUGCCAGUUAACUGUAACCUGUAAACAUGACCCGGUAAGGAUGAUGCUUACUGGUUAACCAUUCUCCUUUCUAGAUUGGACAUGUGGAAGAACUUCCUAACUGGCAGUGUGGUUAAACUCUGGAAUAAAUUGCCUAAGGAAGUUGUGGAGUCUCUAUUAUCGGAGAUACUUCAGAGCAGGAAACCAGUUCCCGGAGGGACUUCUCCACAUAGCUGGUGAUUGCUGUGCUCUUUUGCCUAACCAUGGCGACCCCAGAUGUGAGCGUUCACAUGGAGGAGGUGGUCGUGGUAACGACACCUGACAAUGUGGUUGAUGGCAGUGGUGUGGAAGAAGUGAAAACUGUACUAGUGACCACAAACUUGUCUCAACAUGGUGGUGACCUAAAUGAAGACACCCUUGAGACAGAAAAUGCAGCAGCUGCUGCCGCUGCUGCCUUCACGGCUUCCACACAUCUGAAAGAAGCUGUCUUAGUGGCUUCACUCCAGUGCAGGCAGAUGGCUGAAGAGGAGGACAGCUUGGAAGCUGAGAUUGUUUACCCUAUCACCUGCGGAGAUAGUAAAGCCAACCUGAUAUGGAGAAAGUUCGUAUGCCCUGGCAUUAAUGUGAAAUGUGUCCAGUACGAUGACCAUUUAAUUAGUCCCAAAGAGUUUGUCCACUUGGCUGGCAAGUCAACCUUGAAGGACUGGAAACGAGCAAUCCGGAUGAAUGGGAUCAUGCUCAGGAAGAUCAUGGACUCUGGAGAGUUGGAUUUCUACCAGCAUACCAAGGUCUGCUCAAACACCUGCCGAAGCACUAAAAUUGACCUGACCGGAGCGAGAGUGUCUUUAACCAGCCAGACGUCAACAGAGUAUAUUCCUCUCACUCCUGCCUCUGCAGAUGUAAAUGGCUCUCCUGCUACAAUCACCAUAGAAACUUGUGAGGAAGCCAGCGAUUGGACCACUAGCAUUGGAGAUGACACGUUUACAUUCUGGAGAGGUCUGAAGGAUGCAGGGCUGCUGGAUGAAGUGAUCGAAGAGUUUCAUCAGGAGCUUAUGGAGACCAUGAAGGGCUUACAGCAGCGGGUCCAGGAUCCUCCCCUACAGCUCAGCGACGCUGUUUUGCUCAACAACAUAGUUCAGAACUUUGGCAUGCUGGACCUGGUGAAGAAAGUUCUAGCGAGCCACAAGUGCCAGAUGGAUCGCUCAAGAGAACAAUACACACGGGAUCUCGCAGCGUUGGAACAGCAGUGUGACGAGCACCGCAAGCGCGCAAAGGAGCUGAAGCACAAAUCGCAGCACCUCAACAAUGUGUUGAUGACGCUGACUCCAGUCUCCAUCCCAGCACCUUUAAAACGCCCCAGACUUACCAGGGCCACAUCUGGGCCAGCUGCUAUCACCUCUCAAGUCCUGGCCCAGUCAGCACAAAUUGCCUUGGCCCCAGGAGUGCCUGUUUCUCAGCUUGCCAACCUCCCUCUCAGCAAAAUGGUGUCUGCUCUUCCAGCCUCGGUGCUUGGGAAAAGUACGUCCUCGGCUUCCUCAGCCAGCUCCCCGACCUCCCCGUUAUUGGGGGGAUACACUGUACUGGCCUCCUCAGGCUCUAGUUUCCCCAACACCGUUGAGAUCCAUCCCGACGCUUCCAACUUGACAGUCCUCAGCACAGCGGCCAUACAAGAUGGCAGCACUGUGGUGAAAGUGGUGAGCCCUUUCCAACUGCUCACUCUCCCGGGACUGGGCGCCACCAUACAGAACGUAACACAAAUGGCUCCCAGCGGGAGCACAAUUGUGACGGUGCCGUCUAGUGCUGUCGAGGGCGCCACAGUGUCAGACGAACACACCACCACAAUCGAGGUGACAACAGUGGCAGAAGAGCCAGAACAGAAAUGAAAAGGGGACUUGCCUGGAGGGACUUUCUUUUGUGACGUACUCUGGCUUGAACUGCCUUUUUUCUGCCUGUGCUGGGGGAAGAGGAAACAGUGUAAAGAGGGCACAGGGAAUGGAGACUGAGAGAGAUUGGCUAAAAGGAGUAGAAUAAGGUUUGAGCCAAAGAAAGGGAAAAGAGAGACCAUCAGAAAAAGCGUGGGGGGAGGGGAAUGAAUCACACUGGCCCAUUAACCAGUUUACAUAUAAAGCUUUCCUCCCGUGUUUUCCUGGAAUACAUGUUAUCUCCAUGUCUAGUACACUAGCUCUGCAUCAUCUCUAGCCAUCUCAGCUGGGGCGGAGCAUCGAGAAAAGCAGAUACAGGCAGGGCCUGAACAGGGACCGAGCAGAAAGCAGCGAAAGGUUAAGGAAACGAUAGAUGCCGAGGCAUUUUACCAGACGCUACGGCGUAAGUGGCAAAGGAGCACUCCUGAGUUCUGGCACGAUUCAAUCCUGCAUGUAGGCCAGUGAUCCCAGGGAAUCUGCUUCCCCUUCACAGCAGAGAGCAGUUUGGGAAGCUGGUGUUUUGGAGGGUGGGCUGGUACAGCGCGCAUAACUGGGCAUGAAGAAUGUGCAUGACAGUUGAGGUGAAGCAGCUAUGGACCAGGGAAGGUCCUCUGAUGUGUGGCAGUCACAGGGCUGAGCCACGUGACCCUUGUUGCUGGUUUCUACACAGAAUGGGUUUGAGUAGUGAAAUGCAGUAUCUCCGUGUUACCUAAUGUGUAGUCUCUUCAUUACGAGUGAGACGCUGGUCUCCCAAGUCUGAUCAUUGAUGGGGUAGGGAGACAGGUGUUAAAGGUUUUGGUUCCAUCCAGGCUCAGGUGUGGAAAAUCGAUAUCUUCUGAGGAUCGAGGGUCUCCUGUUUUCUAAAAAUAUACAUAUAUAUCUUUGGGGGUUUUUUAAAAAAAGAAACUCUUGUGGCCCUAGUGGUUGUGAUGAUGUCCAAGGGCACAGUUGUACUGUGGAGUGUGCAGAGAAACCAAUUAAAUAAUAGCACUAAGAGACGUGACAACUUUUUCCAUCUUAACAGGCGUUAGCUGUGAAAUCUAAUCGUCUCCAUGUCUCUGCUAAUCUUAUAAGAAGCAGCUAGCCAACGAGCCUUAUCUAGUGUGACUGGUGCUCUUCGCCCCCUGCAUGUGUCUAAAAGGAUGUUUUGUGGGCUCCAAGGUUUGAAUAUGCAAAAACAAUAUUCAGAUACCAACUACUCUUCUGAUGAGUCAGCCCAUGGAAAGGCUCGCUACUGUCCUUAUUUUUGUAAAAAGGUGUGUGGGGGGGGGGGGGUGCGUGUGUGAAAAUGACAUUUCACCUGGAGACAGUGUUAAAGGGGCUGGAUUCCUGCAGCACGGGUUUUCUAUGGGCUUGAUCUGGCAGCAACAGCAGCAGCAACAGGCCACUUAAAUAAGCUAAUAAAUAUUUUUGAAAGUGCUGCUGGUUUAUUGCAUCUCCUUGUCUGUGUCUGAUUGUUAACACGAGUAUUAAAGCACAAAAGUAGCUCCAAGAACGAACAGAACCCUCUUGCCUUUCUCCCCAGGCCGUCCAUACACACACUUGAGGCAAGAUACUGCCAAUCCUUCCAAAAUGUUGGCCAGACACAGGUUCAGGUUAUAUUUAGGAAGUUAUUUUCCUUGUGCUGCGGUGGUAGGAAACAGGCUAGGGUGCUUCCCUUCACACGAUCAUAAUGUGGUGUGUUAGCAAAGCAAAGUGAAUGUCACUGCAGGCUUGGCUUGGUUGGAAAGAAAUGUUCUUUUGUGUGCUGCCCUUCGGAAAGAGUUAAUAGUGGCAAAGCUUUAGAUCUGGGAUUGGCAUCCCCCGAUGCUUUCUUCACUGCUCCUUUUUCCUAGGCCAGCCUGGAAUUCCAUACGUCGGUGCUAAUAAAGCCCUAAGGAUGGAUGAGGCAUGUUGUCGUUCAUGUCUUUACGUAGCAUUUUUAAAGGUUCUAGGGCUUUUAAUAAAGAACUAGAAUGUAAAUGAUAGGAAGAGAGCAGUGGAGAGGGCGUGAACCAGCAAACAGAACUGGGCUUUCCAGAAAUGUGCAUUGUAGCAUUGACAUCACCUCAUUUUAUGAAUGGAAAGCAGCUAACUCGAAGACUUUUGAGUAGUUCUGUGCUUGGCUUUCUUUGCGGCUGAUGCUCUGAACUCCAUCAAGUGCUACCCUGACUGUCUACUUCAGAAGACUUUUCACUUUCCUUCUCUCUCUUCCCCACUGAGGCUACGGAGUGCUGCUGAGCCUGGCUUUAGUAAUGCAUGGAAUUGGGACGCUCUUAUGGGAAAGCCAUUGUGCCCUUAGAGAGGUGGGGGCUUGGUAGGGAUAG